UUGUGUACGAUUAUUAGAGAAAGUACACCUUUGGAAGAUACAAGGUACAUAUGUGUUGAAGAAAUGCUAGCAAUGUUCUUAAUCAUUGUAGGCCACAAUGAUCGAUAUGGUAAUGUUCGGGAAAGGUUUGGUCGUUCGCAUUUUGCUACUAGUCAAAACUUCAACAAAACUUUGAAGGCCUUGAACACUAUAGCACCACGUAUGAUGAUCAAACCUGGAUCUGCAGUGCCCUCUAAAAUAAGGGAAAGCACAAGGUUUUACCCCUACUUUAAGGAUUGUAUUGGUGCAAUCGAUGGCACCCAUAUUCUAGCGACGGUAAAAGGUCGUGGAGUAAGCAGCUAUCAUAAUCGUCAUGGAAUUCAGUCUCAAAAUGUUUUGGCAGCUUGUGACUUUGAUUUACAAUUCAUAUAUGUGCUAAGUGGGUGGGAAGGUUCGGCACAUGAUUCAAAAUUGUUAAAUGAUGCCUUAUUAAGGAGAAAUGGACUUGAAGUUCCUCAAGAAAAUGAGUCAUCAUCUUCAUCCUAUCAAGAUAUGGAAGAUGAGAAUCUUGAACUACUUUCUCAAAGUCAACAACGACAAAGAGCGGAGGCUAAUGCUUGGAGGCUUACUAUUGCUGAAGCUAUGUGGGAAGAUAGACCGCGAAAUGAUGAUAAUGAAAGUCAAGAGAAUAACAAUGAUACUCAAGACAAUGAGAAUGAGAAUAAUGAGGAACAUAUGGAUGACGGGGAACAAGAAGGUUAUGAUGAUAAUGAGGUUGGGAUGGAUGAGUAUGCAGCUUUCUAA